AUGGACAAAGGCUCUGCAAGGGUGAAAAACGACUACUUCAGAUUAGUGAACGCUAUCGAAGCUGGCACCGUGAAAAAGAUCAUGAAGCCGAUAUCUAAUUUCAAUUGUCUGGAGAAUUUGAAUCAAUUCACAUCGGCCUGCAGAAAAUUUGGUGUGAAAGAUGAGGAGACAUUCCAAUCGGUGGACCUAUUCGAUGGCCGUGACCUCUUCUCUGUAUGCGUCACUCUGCAAAGUCUCGCUCGCAAGGUCGAAAAAUCGCACAACAUCACUCCACCGAAACAAGUCGCAAAGGACACCAUCAUGAACGCCUAA